ACCGAAGGACCGCAUUAUCAACUCGCUCUCUCACACACUCACCCACUCACUCCCAGACUGAGCUAACAGCAAGAACUAAAACGAAAAUAAAAAAAACUCCGCAGCCAUGAGUUACUCCAGAGAUGUCUACUCCUCCUCCAGCUCCUAUCGGAAAAUAUUCGGAGAGUCUCCGCGGGUCUCUUCCAGAAUGUCUUCGAGCGGCAGCCCGGCCCGAUCUGCCGGUUACCGCCCCGGCCCGGCUCUGCACCACCGCAGCUACGGCUCAUCGUCCGCAGUGCCUUCCUCCGCCUACCGAAAAGUCGGCUCAACCCGCCCAACGUCCUACUCCGCUGGGCUGGGCAGCACCGACCAUUUCGACCUCUCCCAGUCCACAGCUGUCACCAACGAGCUCAAAAUCAUCAGGACCAACGAGAAGGAGCAGCUGCAAGGGCUGAACGACCGCUUCGUUACCUUCAUCGAUAAGGUCCACAUGCUGGAGCAGCAGAACAAGGUCCUGGAGGCCGAGGUGACGCUGCUGAGACAACGCCACUCCGAACCGUCCCGGCUCCACGAGCUCUACGAGCAGGAGAUCCGUGAGCUCCGGUCUCGGGUGGAGGAGCUGGACCACGAGAAGAGCCAGAUGCAGCUGGACUGCGUGCAGAUGAGCGACGCGCUGGAGAAGCUGAAGGAGAAGCUGGACGAGGAGGUGAGGAUGAGAGAGGAGGCCGAGGCGACCCUCAAAGGGUACCGCAAGGACGUGGACGACGCCACCCUCACCCGGCUGGAGCUCGAGAAGAAGGUGGAGUCGCUGCUGGACGAGAUCGCCUUCCUCAGGAAAGUGCACGAGGAGGAGGUCGGGGAGCUGCAGAGCUCUGUGCAGGCCUCCCAGGUGUCCGUCGAGAUGGACAUGAGCAAGCCCGAUCUGACUCUGGCCCUGAAGGAGAUCCGUGCCCAGUACGAGAAUCUCUCCUCCAGGAACCAGCAGGCAGCGGAGGAGUGGUACAAAUCCAAGACCGCCAACGUGACGGAGGCAGCGGUGCGCAACAACGACGCUCUCAGGCAGUCCAAGGAGGAGCUGAGCGAGUACCGGCGCCAGCUCCAGUCCCGCACCCUGGAGAUCGACUCGCUGCGCAACCAGAACGAGGCUCUGGAGCGCCAGCUGCGCGAGAUGGAGGAUCGCCACGGCAACGAGAUCAACGAACUGCAGGAAACCGCUCAGCAGCUUGAAAACGCUUUGAGGACAACCAAGGGGGAGAUGUCCCGUCACCUGCGAGAAUAUCAGGACCUUCUUAACGUCAAGAUGGCUCUGGACAUUGAGAUAGCAGCCUACAGGAAGCUGCUGGAAGGCGAGGAGACCCGUCUGAGCACAGUGGGAGGGGGAGCGGGAGGCAGCCUGCUGCAGUCAGGCUAUUCCAGCUACACAUCAGCCUCCCCCUUCUCUGGCAUGAGGUCUUACUCCAGCAGCACAGCCUACCGCCAGAGGAUGGCCAAACCGGAGGAGCCUGAGGAAGAGGAGGAGGAGGAAGAGGAGGAGGAAGGAGAGGAGGAAGAGGAGGAGAAAGCAACCGCCCCCGCUGACAAAACCAGCAAGGAUUGACCGCAGAGCAACAGCCAGAACCAGCUGUCUCCCCCACCCUGCAUCCCCCCCCCCCACCAUCCCACUAACCUAAUCCAAUAGGGCUGCACAAAACGAUCAUUCCGUUAUUCUGAUCAAGCUCUCCACAGGUGAGGGUCUCUGCUGUCGAUCGGGCUGAUUUACCCAUUCAGAGUGAAACGAGUGACGAGACAGCUGCUUGGGUUUGUGUGGAUCGCUGUUCUCCACAGUCUUAAGAAAAGCAGCGAUCAUCUCAAAUCCAAGCAGCUGUUUCUUCACUCGUUCCACUAGGAACGCUGAAUCAGCCCGAUCGACACCAGCGACCCUCACCUGACUGUCAACCCCUGAUUUCUGUGGCGCGCAAUGAAUAAUUCCACCUCUAUCAGUGAAGCACAGCAAAUCACAGUCAUAUCUACAAGUAUGAAGCUAGUUUAAUGGCUCUGUAAUUCUGACACACAUUGAUCCGCAGUCUCACCAGAGGAAAGGGAGGCGUUUCAAUGGAAAUCUUUGGCGGCUUGAUUUCCAUUGUAACUUAUUUCAGUAUUGCUGAUUAAUUUAAAAUAUGUUUAUUUAUUUAUUUAUUUAUUUAUUUAUUUAUUUAAUAAUGCAUUUAUUUAUGUAUUUACUGCAUAUGUUAUUUAGUAUUUAGGAGAAGAAAAUGAACAGAUUUUCCCUAGGAACCAAUAUUCAGGACUAUCCGAAUAUUCCCUGGUGGGAACUAAUAUUCGUUUACACCGGAAUGCUGUCACGGUGCUUAAAGAAAGCCAAGAGUUUUAAAAGCCUUGUUCAAUCUGAUCCUUAUAAGACAUCUGUGAGUGGCUGUACUGUACCUCAGUCCACACUAGCGCCAGAUGGCUGGCCCUUUAGCAUCUGUGUUUGACAAGAAGUACCAGGGGAGUCAUUGUUCUCCAGACACCUACAAACAGACGCUGGCUUUGUGUGAAGUCCGUCCCGGUGAAAAUAAAGAAACGGAUUAAAGCUACUGAGAUGCAUGUGCCAGAUACGGCAAGCUUGUAACUGAGAGAAGGCUGGACCAGCCCGGACGCCCAUUGCAAUUCCAGAUACAAAUCAAAAUAUUGCAAAAUGCUGGCAGCCCCUACCCCCCCCCCCCCCGCCCCCCCCGUUAAUUCAUGUGGGUUUAAUCACCCGGAUGCAUUCAAUGCUCCUCUGUAAUGAAUGCUGUGGAUCGCGUGUAUAAGACAGGCAUUCAUUAUGAAUGAACACUUCUCACAAUCCCCUGGUGUUAUUCCUGCGGGAUUCAGAUCAGGGAUUCAUUAGGAAUUUGCAGCCGUUCUUUAAAAGUCCUUCCGCCUUAAGCAUCGAACACGAGGCGUUUUAAUUCACACAGAGCAUCGUGCAUCGCCACAGACCCAAUGGGGAGACAGCGAUAGAUCGCGCACACUUAAGUAGAGUCACGCUAAACUGAACUGAACGCUAUGUAUGUAUGUAUGUACAUGUGCUGGGGGGUUACAGCACGGGUUCACUGGAGUCCGCUGCAGUGACAUUCUGCCCAAUGCCAAAUAAAGCAAUUCACAAACCAAAA